AUAGAACUCCAUGUUUAUAUCAUUGAGUCAUGGUUUCACAUCUACACACCAUACUUAUUGUACCAUUUAAUAUAAACACCCAAUUUUUAUAGAAAAAUGGAUUCAUAUGAUAACAUGCCUGACUCUUAAAAGUCAAAAACAUAAAUGAAGGUUGUACAAGUAUAAAGCCACAUAAUUCACAAACCCAAAAUUCCAAAACUCCUAAAUCAAUUCCCACACACAUCUACAAAAGCUAAACAUGGGGGAAAAAGAGCAAGUUAGACCAUUGGCUCCAGCUGUUGUAGAUCACCACCAUAGCAACAACAGCGACGAAGAGACGGUCUUGAAGAAACCCUCCCAUCGAAGGAAAUACAUCAAGUGGGGUAGUUGCUUGGUUGCAGCCAUAAUCGUCGUGGUCGUGAUAGUUGUGACCUUGAUUUUCACCAUCUUUAAGGUUAAAGAACCCGAGAUCAGGAUGAAUGGCGUUACGGUUGACAAUCAUGGUUUUAUGGUUGGCACCAUCCCAGGUCCAGGGACCAAUAUCUCUUUAAUAGCAGAUAUAUCGGUUAAAAACCCGAAUUAUUCGUCUUUCAGGUACAAAAACACGACAACGAGCCUAUACUACCGCGGGGCGGUGAUAGGAGAGGCACGAGGGCCACCCGGAAAAUCGAAGGCGCGGCGUACAACUAGAAUGAACGUUACACUCGACAUAAUUGUUGACAGUCUAUUGAAGGACCCUAAUUUACAAAAUGAUUUGGGUACAGGUUUAUUGACCAUGAGCAGUUACACAGUAGUUGGUGGUAGGGUCAAAAUUUUGAACAUUAUAAAGAGACAUGUGACUGUGAGGAUGAACUGCACCAUGAAAGUCAACAUUUAUAGUAGAGCAAUUGAAGACCAAGAGUGUAAGAAAAAAGUCAAACUCUAGAGUACUAGUCACCAUUUUUUUUUUUUUGAAUUGUAUGUGGUAUAUGUAUACAUAUGAACAUAUAUUAGCUGUAAACAAUAAAUAGUUUAGUUUCUUGUA